AUGACAGACAAAAAAAAACAGAGUACAAAGGAUAAAGAGAAGAAUGUUAUUGAUGCCCAAUUUGUUAAUAGUGAGGAACCAAAGGAAAAAAUUAAGAAUGUAUCUUUUCUUCAGAUGUUUAGGUAUGCAAGUAGGUACGAUAAAUUUUUGAUGGUAUUGGGACUUUUGUCCGCAACCGGAACAGGAAUCUUACAACCACUAAAUACAAUUCUCUUUGGUACCCUUACAGGGGAUAUUAUUGAAUAUGCCAUGUCAAUACAAAUAAAUUUACCAGCCGAUCAGAAAAAAAUAGCAGAAGACAAAUUUUUUGAUGGUAUACGACAUUUUGCCCUAAUGAAUUCUCUGAUUGGAGUAGGAAUGUUUGUUUUCAGUUAUCUCGCAACAGUCACCUUUAACUAUUCUGCUAUGAGACAGAUAUUCAAAAUAAGGUCUGCAUAUUUAAAAUCCAUUUUAAAUCAAGAUGUAGGUUGGUACGAUAUCAAUCAAACUGGAGAUUUUGCCAGUAGGAUGUCAGACGAUUUGUACAAAUUUGAAGACGGCAUAGGAGAAAAAGUACCGGUAUUCUGGAGUUUUCAAGCUGUUUUUUUAACUUCACUUGUCAUAGCCCUUGUGAAAGGAUGGGAACUUGCUUUAAUAUGUUUAACCUCCCUACCCGCCACAUUAAUAACAAUCGGAAUUGUAGGACUUCUUACCACAAAAUUAGCAAAAAAUGAAUUGGAAGCCUAUGGCGCAGCAGGAUCAAUAGCUGAAGAAGCCCUGUCUUUAAUAAGGACCAUAACUGCUUUUGGAGGCCAAAAGAAAGAAGUAGACAGAUAUAAUAAAAAUUUAGUGGAAGCCAAAAACAAUAAUAUAAGAAGAUCGAUGUUUAACGCAUUAGGUUUUGGUCUAUUGUGGUUAAUGAUUUAUGCCAGUUAUGCUCUGGCAUUCUGGUAUGGUGUAAAAUUGGUUUUAAGGGAUCGAACAGCGAAGAAUCAAAUAUAUACUCCUAGUAAUAUGGUUACUGUUUUCUUUAGCGUAAUGACAGGAUCUAUGAACUUUGGUAUUGCAUCUCCUUAUAUAGAGGCAUUUGGAAUCUCAAAAGCGGCUGCUUCAAAAAUUUUUAGUGUAAUUGAUCAUAUACCGACAAUUAAUUUAUCGAAAGGAAAUGGAAAAAAACUAAACGUUCUCAAAGGAAAUGUACAAUUUAAAGAUGUGUCUUUCCAUUAUCCGUCUAGAAAAGAUGUACCGAUAUUAAAAGGAUUAAGUUUGAACAUUAAAUCUGGAGACACUGUGGCACUCGUAGGCAGUUCGGGCUGUGGAAAAUCUACAGUUAUUCAGUUAAUUCAACGGUUAUAUGAUGCAGAGUCUGGAGAGGUUACCAUAGACGGAAACAAUAUUAAAGAUUACGAUUUAGCUUGGCUAAGAAGCCAAAUAGGAGUUGUAGGUCAAGAACCAAUUCUUUUCGGAACAUCCAUUGCAGAAAAUAUUAGGUAUGGUAAAGAUGGAGUAACAGAGGAAGAUAUCAUUCAAGCAACUAAAAAAGCUAAUGCUCAUAACUUUAUUAAGGCUCUUCCUAACGGAUAUAAUACAUUGGUUGGAGAGAAAGGAGCUCAACUCUCAGGUGGACAAAAACAAAGAAUAGCUAUAGCUAGAGCUUUGGUAAGAAAUCCUACUCUACUACUUUUGGAUGAAGCUACAUCUGCACUGGAUAAUACUAGUGAAGCUAAAGUACAAGCAGCUCUAGAUGCGGCGAGUGUUGAAUGUACAACUAUAAUUGUAGCCCACAGGCUGUCAACUAUUCGAGGUGCAAAUAAAAUUAUCGUACUUUCUCAAGGAGUUGUGGUAGAAGAAGGAACUCACGACGAACUAAUGGAACUUAAACAAGAAUACUAUAGGUUAGUAACAGCCCAAGUCAAAUCAUCGGAACAGUUUGAAGUCGCUGAAAAGAAGAAAGUAAUAAGAGCUAUUAGCUUAGCAGAAAGUAGUACAGGGUCUGACCAUCACAUCGAGGCUACGGAAGAAGAUAAUGAAGACGAUUUCAAUGAAAAUAAGGACGUUUCCGUUUUUGAAAUACUUAAGAUGAAUGCUCCAGAAUGGCCUUAUAUUUUAUUUGCUGGUCUUGGGUCAAUUGUCGUUGGUUGUGGAAUGCCCGUUUUUGCAGUCUUGUUUGGUAGCAUUUUGGGGACAUUAGCAAAUGGUGAUCCGGACUUUGUAAGAUCUGAAACCAAUAGAUAUUGCUUAUAUUUUGUGUUGGGAGGACUCAUUACUAUGGUAUCUGUAUUUACUCAGAUGUAUCUAUUGGGAAUUGCUGGUGAGAAAAUGACAGAAAGAGUUAGAAGUCGAUUAUUCAAAGCAAUUAUAUACCAGGAAAUAGGCUUCUUCGACAAGAAAACAAAUGGAGUUGGAGCACUUUGUGCAAAAUUGUCUUCAGAUGCUUCUAACAUUCAAGGGGCAACAGGAAUUCGAGUUGGAACUAUUCUUCAAUCAAUAGCCACAUUUUGCUUAGCAAUUGGUCUAUCCAUGUAUUAUGAAUGGAAAUUAGGAUUAGUUACAGCAGCUUUUACACCUGUUAUUUUGAUUGCUAUGUUCUUUGAAAGAAGAAACACCCGAGGUGGAAACGAUUCAAGAGAUUCCGCACUACAAAAAUCAACAAGAACUGCAGUAGAAGCCGUUGGAAAUAUCCGAACGGUUGCCUCCUUAGGCUUAGAGGAAAAGUUUCAGCAGAUUUACGAAUCUGAGCUUAUGCCCCAUUAUAAAUCUUCAUUAAAAACGGUUCACUGGAGAUCAAUUGUGUUUGGUCUUUCCAGAAGUUUGUUGUUCUUUGCUUAUGCUACCGCAAUGUAUUACGGCGGAUUUUUGAUAAGGGAUGGAUUGCCUUACGACAGAGUAUUUAAAGUAUCUCAAGCACAAAUUAUGGGUACAAUUUCAAUUGCGAACUCACUGGCGUUUUCUCCGAACUUUGCGAAAGGUGUAGCAGCAGCAAAAAAAGUUAAAAGCUUUCUUUCUAGAAUUCCACUCAUUCGUGAUUUACCUUCUUCACGAAAAAUGGAUAAGGCAACUGGCGACUUCAGUUUUUCACAAAUUGAAUUUACAUAUCCAACACGACCUAACGUAUUAAUUCUAAAAGGACUUAAUUUGGAUAUUUUAAAUGGAAAAACUGUAGCGCUAGUGGGAGAAAGUGGUUGCGGAAAGUCUACGAUAAUUCAACUCAUUGAGAGAUUCUAUGAUCCUAAGUCGGGAGAAGUAAAAAAUGGAUGGUGUAGACUUAAAAGAUAUAUCACUAGAUUCGUUGAGGUCGCAUAUGGGUAUAGUAUCACAAGAACCAAAUCUUUUUAAUAAAUCUAUUGCUGAAAACAUUGCUUAUGGGGAUAAUUCGAGGGAGGUUCCUAUGGAUGAGAUAAUUCAAGCUGCCAAAAAUGCAAAUAUUCAUAAUUUUAUAACAGGAUUACCUAAAGGAUAUGAAACCAAACUAGGAGAAAAGGCUGUUCAGUUGUCUGGGGGGCAAAAACAAAGAAUUGCAAUUGCCAGAGCGUUAGUAAGAAAUCCAAAAGUUUUACUUCUUGAUGAAGCCACAUCUGCACUGGACACCGAAAGUGAAAAGGUUGUUCAAGAAGCUCUAGAUCAAGCUAAAAAAGGAAGGACAUGUGUUACAAUUGCGCACAGGUUAACAACCAUACAAGAUGCAGACUUGAUAUGUGUAGUAGAAAAUGGUGUAAUUGCUGAAGCCGGAAGCCAUCAAGAACUUUUGCAAAAGGAGGGACUAUACUACAAAUUAUAUACUCAGAAAACGUAG